AUAUACUACUCCUGUUGAUGAACACAAAAUUUCCAGAAAAGAAAAAAUUAAAUUUAUCCAAUUAAUUAAUAUUUGCUGUGGAAUAUUAACUGUGUCAUAAUUUCCGUUAAUUUUGUGCCCAAUUCGCUUUCUGUCUCCCCUGUCUCUUUCUUCUCUUUCUGUCCUUUUUCCUCCUUCUAUCUCUAUCUCUAAAAACACAAAGAAUUGCUGUAAUUUUACAAUUAUUAAUGGGGUGUUAGAUUACCCAUUUAUUUUCCUGCAAGAACUUACAAUUGAUUGUAUUUUUAGACUAGGGAUUCAAAAUUUUCCCUUUUAUUUUUUGAGGGUGGAAGAAGGUUUUAGGGUUUUUCCCAUCGUUGCUGAGCUACCCAGAUUUCUCCUUUUGAUGCAAAUAGUCAAAAAGGAAUAAUCUUUUUUAAUUGUAUAUGAUAUAUGACUAGUUAGUUAGUUUCAUGUAUAGCAAGUCUGCAAUUUGAUUGAUUCUUUUUUUUUGGGGUGGAAGUUAAUUUCUAAAUCUUGCUUUUUUCUGAUCAUUUCUGGGUUGAAUGAGUUGGUAAUUUUGAGGAUUGGUUGAGUUGGGUGUAAAUCUGACCCCCCACCAAAGUAAUUUUAGUUGAAUCUUUUGGGGUUUGAGUUGAGUUGAGUUGACUUGAUUGAAAAAAAAAAGGUUAAAAAAUGGAUCAAGUACUUGGUGGGAAGUUCAAGAUGGGGAGAAAAAUUGGGAGUGGAUCAUUUGGGGAGUUGUUUUUAGGGGUCAAUAUUCAAACUGGAGAGGAAGUGGCUAUUAAGAUGGAAUCUGUGAAGACCAAGCAUCCCCAGCUACACUAUGAAUCAAAGUUGUACAUGCUGCUUCAAGGAGGAACUGGAGUGCCCCAUCUCAAAUGGUUUGGGGUUGAAGGUGAACACAAUGUAAUGGUGAUUGAUCUUUUGGGACCAAGCUUGGAAGACUUAUUCAAUUACUGCAAUCGAAAGUUUUCAUUGAAAACAGUACUAAUGCUUGCUGACCAGUUAAUUAACAGAGUUGAGUACAUGCAUUCAAGAGGCUUCCUUCACCGUGACAUAAAGCCUGAUAAUUUUUUAAUGGGCCUUGGUCGCAAAGCUAAUCAGGUAUACAUUAUUGAUUAUGGGUUGGCUAAGAAGUACAGGGAUCUGCAAACUCAUAAGCACAUACCGUACAGGGAGAACAAGAGUCUGACUGGUACUGCACGUUAUGCAAGUGUCAAUACCCAUCUUGGGAUUGAACAAAGUAGAAGGGAUGACCUUGAAUCGCUUGGUUAUGUUCUGAUGUAUUUUCUCCGAGGAAGUCUUCCUUGGCAAGGGCUAAAAGCAAACAACAAAAAACAGAAAUAUGAUAGAAUCAGUGAAAAGAAGAUGAUGACUCCCAUAGAGGUCCUUUGCAAGUCACACCCAUCAGAGUUUGUAUCAUAUUUCCACUACUGCAGAUCACUGCGCUUUGAAGAUAAACCUGAUUACGCGUAUCUAAAGAGGUUGUUCAGGGACCUCUUUAUUCGAGAAGGCUAUCAGUUCGACUAUGUUUUUGACUGGACCAUAAUGAAGUACCCGCAAGUUGGUGGUAGUUCUAGAACACGGCAACCUGGCCUUAAGCCAGCUGUAAAUGCCGGGCCAUCUGGAGAAAGACCAGAGAGGACUUCAGUGGGUCGUGAGAUUCGGGAUAGACUAACUGGUGCAGUAGAGGCCAUUUCUCGUCGAAACACUUCAGGUGAUCACAUGAAGCAAAGGAGCUCACAAGAUGUAACUACUUCCCGAGACACGCAAAGAGACUCUGAGAAGGCAAACCUCUCCCGAGUUGGUAGUUCUUCUAGAAGGGCCACUGCUGUCUCGAGCAACAGACCUACCUCCUCUAAUGACCUUGGGGAGAUCCGUGCAAGUCGACUGACCAAUGGGGUCUACCGUCAUUCCUCAAAUGUACAGCGGCUUCACCAUGGUACAGAGUCCCGGCCAACUUCACGCACACGCGCCUCCUCUACAUCACGAGGGAUCCGUGACGACCAUAUUCGUAGUUUUGAAUUGCUCUCUCUCAGAAAGUAGGAGGGAAGAGUAAUUUGUUCAUUAAGUCAGAUUCAGCAAGCCAAAUGGGUAAUUGCAUUUUUACAAGUCUUGUUCUGGGUGCUAUCUUACCGAUAUAUUACCAUUUUUAUCAUGGUAUUCUUCGUUACCCACAUCUCGUUUUCUUCUUUAAUCUUUACUAUGAAUUUUUGACCCGAUGUAAUGUUUUAUUCACUUUACCCUUGGCUACAUAAUACAAUGCGAAGGUGUACUUAAUCGAAUUGGAUCGUAUCUGUAUAAUAUUUGUAUUCUAUCCUAUCCGACAACUCCUUUUGCAAUGGC